UUUAUAUGUAGAUAUUGUCCGGAUGGAUGGAUUUCAUUUUCUAGAGCGCGUUUAUGUUUUUUUUUUAUUUAAUUUUUUUGUGUUUUUCCCCCAUAUAUUUUAGUUUUAUUUGGGGUUUGAUUCGUUGGACCGUUGGUUUUUCUUCUUCUUCGACUUCUUUUUUGUGGCGCGAGAAGUUUUGAUAUUGGGAUUGGAUUUUUCAGCACUUUGGUUGUAAUGGGUCUGAUUAGUUAAUCUGGGUCAAGGAUAUUCUCACGUGAGGGCUGAUUCUUUCUUUGUUGAACUCGGACGAGCCGUCGAUUUGUCGCCAAGCAAACCCAUGCGAUGUAACUGCUUGGUUGAUGAAUCAUGACAGGCACAUGGUUUGCGACUUUUAUGAUCUCUGCUAUUCUGCAGCACAAAGGAUUUUCCUGAAUAUAUUGAAUAGAAUAUAGGGAUAAUGGCCGAGGGGAUAUCAAGUUUUUGGGGUCCUGUCACAUCCACCAUUGAGGGUUGUGAGAAGAAUUAUGCCUACUCUUCUUAUAUUGCAGAAUUUUACAACACCAUAUCCAAUAUCCCAACCAUUCUUUUGGCCCUCUUCGGUCUUAUCAAUGCUUUGAGACAGCGAUUUGAGAAGAGAUUUACUGUUCUUCACAUAUCCAAUAUUAUACUUGCCAUUGGAAACAUGUUAUACCAUGCCACUUUGCAACGCGGGCAGCAGCAGAGCGAUGAAACUCCUAUGGUGUGGGAGAUACUACUUUAUAUAUACAUCCUCUACUCUCCAGAUUGGCACUACCGUAGCACAAUGCCAACAUUCCUCUUUCUUUAUGGUGCUUCUUUUGCUGUUGUUCAUGCAGUAGUCCGUCUUGGCAUUGGCUUCAAGGUGCAUUAUGUAAUAUUGUGCCUUCUGUGCAUUCCCCGAAUGUACAAGUAUUACAUUCACACACAAGAUGCUUCUGCCAAGCGGCUUGCAAGAUUAUAUGUGGCCACCCUUCUUCUAGCUAGCUUGUGUUGGCUCUGCGAUCGUGCAUUCUGCAAGGAGAUAUCUAGUUGGUCCGUCAAUCCACAGGGUCAUGCCAUGUGGCAUAUCUUCAUGGGUUUUAGUUCCUACUUGGCAAAUACGUUCUUAAUGUUUUGCCGUGCUCAGCAAAGGGAAUGGGCCCCAAAAGUUGUCCAUUUUAUGGGUUUUCUACCCUAUGUGAAGAUCGAAAAAUCAAAAACCCAGUGAAUGAAAUACAAAGGUACCGUAGUAUAGGCAUUGUUGAGACGUUUUGGCAGUUGACAGGGGUAAAAGCACUAAACACAACUGGUUUUGUUUCCUUUUUUAGAUUGCUUUGAGCUGUCAAUUGCCUAUCACACUGUUAGGUGGCAGAACAUUUGCCAUAUUUAUGCCUUUUGUUAGCAAGUAUGAGAUCGGGAUGGCUUGUUUCUGAUGCUUGGAUUUGUUUUCUCGAUUUAGAAACGGUCUGUGGGAUUUGUUAUUAAACUUUUUUAGUGGAUCAUGAAUCUUGAAUUUUGUA